CAACCAGCUCGUUGUCCCCUCCGACCUCAACGAAAACGACGACGACGAGAAGAUGGCCUCGAGAAUCGCACUGAACACUUUGCGUGCGGCUCGCCCGCGAGUCAUGGCCACCGUGGCCCCCAGCUACACUCGCUGCAUGGCCACCUCCUCCAACCCCCCACCGCCCUCAGAGAAGGCCGCCGAGAUCGUCAACAAGCUCCCCUCGUCCCCAGGCUUGAUCACCAAAACCGGCACCGCUCUCCUUGGAACUGGUCUCGCCGCAACUGCCAUUUCGCAAGAAUUGUACGUUGUGAACGAAGAGAGUAUCGUCCUUUUGGCCUCCGCUAUCGUCUUCACCUACAUUGCCAAGGUCAUCCGUGAACCUUACAACAACUGGGCCCAGGGACACAUUGACCGCAUCAAGGGUGUCCUCGAAGCUUCCCGUGCUGAGCACACCAAUGCUGUCAAGGAGCGAAUCGACUCGGUCGGCCAAAUGAAGGACGUUGUUUCCAUCACCGAAGCCCUCUUCGCUUUGUCCAAGGAAACCGCCAAACUUGAGUCGGAGACCUUCGUUCAACAGCAGAAGGUCGCCGUCGCCGCUGAGAUCAAGUCGGUGUUGGACAGCUGGGUUCGAUAUGAGCAGCAAGUGAAGGAGAGCGAGCAGGCUGAGCUCACCAAGGCCGUCAUUGACAAGGUUUUGGCUUCCUUGAAGGAGCCCAAGGUUCAGCAAGACGUCCUCGCCAGCGCUGUUGCCGAGAUUGAGCAGCUCGUCAAGGCCAAGGCCAUCUAAAUACCACGCUUGCAAAAUACCUUGACACUUUUAAUAUAGAUUCAUUCAUUCCCUCC